CUCACGGUCUUUCACUUUGAAAACCCCUGCGGUAGAAUAUUCUGAACAGAGAUGCAUUACCGGAAACAACAGACAGGCGGCGAUAGAGGUUAGCCUGUUUUACUUUCCCUGAAGAGAAAAUUGAUUAAUCUUCCGCACCUGGGUCAUUAAAAAAAUGGACACUUAUAUUGUUUUCAAGGGCAACAGACGGGUCUUCCUAAAACUGGCCGACAUGCGAGCAGAGAGAAUAUCUCGGAUUUUUCAGAUCGAUGUGGGCAGUAUUUAUUUGGCCGAUGCUACCAACGUAGUUAUUUUCCCUUUGGAAGAUGGUCACUUCAGCAGUUUUGACUUAAAUGAGCGGGAACAUUAUGAGGUUCACGGUGGAGGCGCUCAAAGCCAUCUUGGUCGAGCGCCAACCGUUGCAGACCACCGGCAUUCAUUUGGAUUUCUUCAACCAACUAGUGUGCCCUCUUCAAACCUGCCACCAUGUGCGAGCACACCGAGAUCAUUCCAAAGAUCAAUUCACAUCUCUGAACCAAGAGAUGGAAAACUCUUCUCUACCAAAAUUGUUGUGGUGAGAUUUUUGGAGUCCGAAGCAACCGUACCUUCAAUCCUGGAUAAGGUGAAGUUGGCCAUGGGGAACAACGAGACUUAUGUCCUUGCUUAUGCACUUGGAAGUCAGGUGUUGGAAUCAGAGGCGACUACUGGUUCAUUUUAUUGGAGGCAAAUUUCGAGAAAGAUUCAUGCCAUCGAACAGGCCACCUUUAAGCAGUGGCAACAGAAAAGGACUUCAACAAGGUACAAUGGAAAACCCCAUGUUUUGGGCAUGCUGCAGGGGCCUGGUGGGGUGUAA